GACAAUCUGCUAUCUUCGUUCGCAAUCUUGAUAUUUCGAACUAAAUUUUUAUUGUCAUUUGUUAGUGGAACGCAAGGUUUCUUGCGUUAUACGAAAUUGCAAUUUAAGAAGCUAUAUACUUUUUAAUUUAUCUAUUAAAAAAUGGCUGAUCCUAAAUAUGCCGAUUUACCUGGAAUUGCAUACGAUCAAGUCGAUGUAUACGAGACAACUGAUUUACCAGAAUCCGAACAAUUUCAAAUUUACCCUGAGGAAGAAACCGAUUCCAUAGAAAAGUUACAUAUAAGCGCCACGGAAGCAUUUAACAAAUUUAAAGGUAAACAAGUCAUUAAUGAGGGAAUUGAUUUUUCUGAUUGUGUAUCGUUCAAACCAAAAACAGGCUACAAAUUUGGAGAUUGGGAUCUUCCUGCAGAAGGAGAAAAAGAAACACCAGUUCAAAAAUGUCAACGUUUGCAAUGCGAAAUUAAAGAAUUGUAUGAAGAAGUAAAUGAGUUGAAGGAAAAAACAGAAGGUGAAAAAGAAGAGAAAUCUAUUAUUGAUAUAAUUUCUCAAGUACAAGACCUAAGCAAACAGUUAGAUUCCUUGAAAUUAGAAGAAUGUCUUGGUGCUGAUGUUGUUGCAACUCUAUCAGAUCCACAAGGCACAAAGCUGAAAGAACUGAUAUCGCAAAUACAAGCAUUUAAACAGACUAGUAUUCUUACCUCUGAAUCUGAUUCAAAGACACAGAGUACAAAAGUUGAUAAAACAGCUGAACCUAAUGUACUCAAAUAUCAGAUGACUUAUCUUCCAGAGAAAGCAAGAAUGCAAGAAGCAGCAAGAGUUGCAUUACUUGAACAAAGACUUUGUAAUUUGGAAAGUGUUAUUGGAGCAACUACCGAUAAACUUUCCAAGUUUUCACAGAAUCUCAAAUGUCAAGGUGUAAUGGAAGCUGUUCAAGAACUAGGAGCAAAAGCUGCAUUAUUAGACACGUAUCAGUUAGACAUCAUUGAAAAUCGAUUAGCUUCUUUAAUUCAUAGAAUGGAUAGUAUCGCGCAAAAAAAAUCUACGCUAUCUUUAGAUUCCGAACAGGAGCAAAAGAUCGUGGAAAUGUAUGAAAUCAUGAAACAAACCGAAACAAUGUCGCAAAUGUUGCCUCAAACUGUAAAUCGAAUGUUGGCAUUAAAUACAAUUCAUCAGCAAGCUGCUGAAUUUAACAAAUCUCUAGUACGACUGGAAGAAUUACAAUCGCAAAUUACCGUUGAUUUGGAAAGUAACAAAUCUCUACUAAAAGGAGUACAAGAAAGCUUUGCAUCAAAUUUAGAAGUUAUAAAAAAUAAUAUAGAAUCACUGGAUGAACGUAUUAAAAAUCUUAGCAAGUGAUAAU